AUGGAUACAUAAAAUUCGAAUACUGAUUCUACUACUACUAUCCCAGUUGUUAAUAUUAAUGAAAACAAUUUUAAAUAUGAAGAGAUUCCUUCUUUAGAUCACCCUGAACCACUUAAGGUUAAGGUAAAUCAAAAAAAAGAAAUUCUCCUAAGCGGUGGUGCUGGAGCUAUAAGCUUUUAAGCAGGAUAUAUGCAUGGAUUGUCAGAGAUAAUUCCACUAGAAGUUUUAAAAGAGUACAGAGUAGGUGGUGUUUCGGCAGGAGCUUGUGUUGCUGGAUUUUUCGUAUUUUCUCUUUAUAGCAAACAUGACAUGAAAUACUGGUUCGAAAAAUGCAUCCGCAAGCUGCUUAAUGUUGUAAGUAAUUCUACUUUUGGAUUUUGGCAGACUACUUCUUUGCUAUCAGAAUUAGCUGCCUCUUCUUACAGAAUCGCUUUAGAGUGUGGUGUUCCUUUGGAUGAAGCUUUCCACUGCUAUAUUUCAUUAAGAAGUGGAUUUAUUGGAUAUAAAAAACACUUGGUCGAUAAAUUCAUCAAUGAGUAACAAUUUGCAGAAGCAAUUACUUGCUCAUGUACAAUCCCUUUUGUGACUUCAUUUAGCUUCUCUAAUGAAUACUAGGGCAAAAAAGCAAUAGACGGAGGAGUCACUAUGGGUAUACCUUUUAGAAAUAAAGAUUCAGAAUGCAUUUUCUUAAACGUUCUCCCCAAGCCAUUCCGCUCUUACCCUAUCGUAAGAGACUUCCCAAAUCACUUAACUACUAUAGAUAUAGCUGAGGACUAUAAUCUUGUAUUCCCUACAGAUUACUGGCUUUGGGAUGAAUAAAAUGCUGAUAAAUAAUUUGUAUAAGGCUAUUUAGCUGCAAAACAUUAGCAAGAUAAGUUGCUAAAAGCUUUUAAUUUAGAAUCUAAGCUCUAACCUGCUUAAUGA